AGAAGAAAAGGUAAAGCGGGUUAGCAAACGACGCCCUCCCUCCCUUCUACCCUUCCACUUCUCUCUCGCUCGUGACUUCACAUAAAUUUCGGUACUUCCUUUAGCUUUACGACGCCGCCUAUUACUAUUACUAUUAUUAUUGUUGUUGUUACUACGAAUCCUAUUGAGGUGAAAGUUUCUAUUCCUCUUUGCGAACGAUUUCCAGCCGAGUGUAUCGAGAGCCUGACUGAGCCACAAAAACCCCAGAGCAUAAAACUCUAACAACAACAACAAACCCGUUAUACGGUGCCCUCGGCAUUCCAUCAAGAAAAAGAGAGGGACGUGAUAUUAGAUGCUGGAUUGCUGUCGAGCAAGUAAGUAAACACGCCACGCACCCACCUACGCACGCGCACACACACACACGGUCACUCGUACGCAUUCAUUUCAUAAAAGAGAAAACACUUAAAGCUUUGCUGCUUUCUUUUCUGUCUUUGCCUCUCUCCUCACAUAGCCGCACUGUUGUGUUGAGGGCCUAGUUCAAGAGCUAUUAUUGAAUCUAUCUAUAUAUAUAUAUUUCCUUAUCAUAUACACCGUCUAUAUUGUUAUCAUUAUCUGCAGAUCACGUCCACGCUCCCAUCGAUCUAUUCAAGCUCUCUUCGCUGUUCUUGUUCUCUCUUGCGUUGCAGCCCACACGCACGCACCGCAGCCACAAAGCCCCAAACAGCAAUAGCAAAAAAAAAAAGAGAGAGAAGCGAGCUAAAGCCGCAACAGCCGCAAUGCAGGCCAAAGGCGAAGCCGCGAUGCGCGACUUGAUCGCGGAGCUGCACGCGAUGCACUCCCCCUACACCGCCCAGCGCUUUAUCAGCAGCGGCAGCUACGGGGCGGUCUGCGCCGGUGUUGAUCGCGAUGGUCUGCCGGUCGCCAUCAAGCGGGUCUUCAAUACCGUCUCGGACGGCCGCACGGUGAACAUCCUCUCCGACUCCUUCCUGUGCAAGCGCGUCCUGCGCGAAAUUCGCCUGCUGAAUCACUUCCGCCACCCCAACAUUUUAGGCCUGCGCGACAUCUUCGUCCACUUUCAGGAGCCGGCGCUGCACAAGCUGUACCUCGUCACGGAGCUGAUGCGGACAGACUUGGCACAGGUGAUUCACGACCAGCGCAUCGUCAUCUCGCCGCAACACAUUCAGUACUUUAUGUAUCACAUCCUCCUCGGCCUGCAUGUCCUGCACGAAGCCGGCGUGGUCCACCGCGACCUGCACCCCGGCAACAUCCUGCUGGCAGAUAAUAACGAUAUCACAAUCUGCGAUUUCAACCUCGCUCGCGAGGACACGGCGGAUGCUAACAAAACGCACUACGUCACGCACCGCUGGUACCGCGCACCCGAGUUGGUGAUGCAGUUCAAGGGCUUCACAAAGCUCGUCGACAUCUGGUCCGCCGGCUGCGUCAUGGCGGAAAUGUUCAACCGCAAGGCGCUUUUCCGCGGCUCCACCUUCUACAACCAGCUGAAUAAAAUUGUCGAGGUGGUCGGCACCCCGAAGAUGGAGGACGUCACGAUGUUCAGCUCGCCCAGCGCACGCGAUUACCUGCGCAACUCACUCUCAAACGUCCCCACGCAGGCGUGGACCUCCGUCGUGCCCACCGCCGACCCCGUCGCGCUCGACCUCAUCGCGAGGAUGCUAGAGUUCAACCCCGGCAAGCGCAUCAACACGGAGCAGGCGCUGCGGCACCCCUACUUCGAGUCCCUCUUCGACCCGCUCGACCUGACCGAGGGCCUCAGCGAGCACUUCCACUUCGACGAGUCGGUGACGGAUGUGCGGGACAUGCACGUGAUGUUCAUCGCGGAGGUGGAUCGCUUUAACGCGCUUCGGCAGCAGCGCGAUCAGGUGGCGCGCGAGCGGGCGGCGGCGGCGGCGCAGCAUCAGGGCGAGGGCGUGCUCGGUGCUGACCACAUGCCCCGCACGCACAGCCUGAUGGAGGUGGCGGGCAGCGCACCCCCGCCAGCGUAA